AUGUGCGAUCCCGAAAACAUCCUAGCUGCCAUCAACGAGAUCCUGGACGAUCCAGGAUUUCAAUACCAGCCGCCGACGCCGAACACCAGCCAAGCCGGCAAUGAGAAGCCGCCAACGACCGACCGUCCGCCGACCGGCCCAGCCGCCCGACCGCCGAGCCGACCGCCGAGAAUCGGAACACUCAUCCAGCGUUCCGAUCGACAAAACCAGCUGAAAAUGGAGCAGCUGAUGCAGGCUCCACCACCGCCGCCUGCCCGCUCACGACCACCAGCGAGCAACCCGGCCCGCAAAAGACCGCGGGAAACCGAAGAAAAGACCAGAGAGGAACAACAACCUCGCCUCUUGAUGCCGACCGGCCCGUUACCGCCGCCACCGAUCCGCGUGCAA